CCUUCUCCAAAACGGCAUCGGCAGAGGCAGAACGACUGCCCGUGAGAUCCGGGAGAGAGUGUGAUGUUUUGUACAAUUUAGCAUUAUAGACUGCUGGGUGUUGUUAUAAUUUUCCGGUUUCCCGUUUAGUUUUGAUGCCCCCGUGCAUCGAAAUCUCAAGUGUCCUCAAAGUUGUGAAACGGAAUGUAAUGAGUGAUGUUUUAUUCGUGAGUUGUUGAUGGGUUUUUCAGCUGUGAAAAAAGCUCUAGUGUUAAUCUGUCCAGUGUCACACAAGCGUCGAGCACAGUUGAUGCAUAAUAAUAGAUAGCUCUUUGAUUGGAAAGCCGUGUCAUAGUUUCGAAUUAGAGAAAAAAAAACAAUAACAAAUUGAUUUGUGUGAUGAGUAACAUCUAGGUGUGUCGAUAAAAGUCUUCAAAAGUCGUCGCGAUCCAAGUGACCCGUAGAGGAAGUUUUUGAUAGUUGUCAUGAAGAAGUGAAUUCCGUUGGUGACCGUGAAAGCAUCUGAUUUACAGCAUCGCAGUAGGCGGUGCAGUGUGUUGAUUACCAUAGUGAUUGUUGUUUUUUUUUUCGAGUGUUGUUCGUGCAGUAGGCUUAGUGUCCGAGAUGCCUGACCACGAUAUCGAGAUAAUAACAAGCGAGCAGUUGCACAGCGAACUGCGAAAAUCGCACAAAAAUUUUAUCAUUCUCGACUGUCGCAGUUCAAAUGAGUUUACCGAGAGCCACAUCCGUACGGCGGUAAACUUCAGCAUUCCGAGCAUUAUGCUCCGAAGGUUUGCCGCUGGUAAGAUCGACAUCACGUCAACGAUCAAGUGCCGAGAUUUGAAAGAAAGGAUACUGUCCUGCUACAAGGAGAGCACCUUCGUGUUGUACAACAAUAGCAACGAUGGGGUGAUCAACGAUCCUGGCUACAAUAAUCAAACGACAAAUGACACUACAAUCAACGUGUUGCACAGAAAACUAAAGCAAGAUGGCUGCCGAGUGGUGUGUCUUGAAGGCGGCUAUGCGAACUUUCGGCAAUCGUUUCCGGAGUGGUGCGAGGAUGAAGUCAUCAACGCUAACCUGCAGUCGGGAUGUGCCGCUACCGAACAACUGAUGGGACUGAGAUCGCUCCGCAUAUCGAUCCCAUUCUCGGACUCGGCCUGCAGCAGCAGCACCGAGUCGUCCGACUGCGAAAGUACAACGAACUAUCUCGCCGAGCCGGUCAACGUCGAGCCGGUCGAGAUCAUGACCGGCCUCUUCCUCGGCAACGCUUCCCACAGCGAGGAUCUCAAAUCGCUGAAAAAGUACAAUAUUAAGUAUAUACUGAAUGUUACACCUGACUUGCCAAAUGUAUUCGAGCGCGAUGGACACAUAAAGUAUCUUCAAAUUCCAAUCACUGAUCACUGGUCCCAGGAUCUGGCCGGGCAUUUCCCAAAUGCAAUAAAAUUUAUCGACGAAGCCCGCUCAAAGGGCGUCGGAGUGCUAGUUCACUGCCUGGCGGGCGUUUCCCGGUCGGUGACGGUGACGUUAGCCUACAUCAUGUUUGCCCGAGCCCUCAGCCUCAACGAUGCGUUCUCGUUAGUGCGGGCCCGCAAGCCGGACGUUUCCCCCAACUUCCACUUCAUGGAACAGCUGCACAGUUUUGAGCGCCAACUAAACCUCGACGCCACUCACCGAGCCAAGCUGCUUCCAGGUGUAUGCUCAUCUGCCUCGACGCCUUCCUCAUCGUCCGCUAGCGGUGCAUUUCCAUCUUCCAGCGGACUGGGCCUGCAACGCAACCUAUCCAGCGAUCAACCGCCAGGAUCGCAGGACCGAAGUGGCCCCGGAUCCGGACCGCGGACUCACAUGGGAAAGUACAGUUGCACCUGCUUUGAAGUCGAAUGCAAAUGCACCCAAGCAGCCAUUGAACUACUUGGGCCGUUUAGUAGUGGCAUCUCUCCGGACUCCGGCAUCGAAUUCGACCGGUGGACACCCAGUAGUAAUACGCCUAAAUGAGGUUUUGCCGUAGAGAAGACAUUCACUCUUCCAGACCCACUCCCAGUGCUGCCAACCGAAUCAUCCUCGUCUUCGCAGCCUGCUUCGACUGAUUCGCCAGUAUCGCAAGAUACUGAGCAGUAGAUCGCAGCAACCGGGAUCUGAAAGUGCUAAUGUUUUCUCUACACAGCCAUAUUGAGAAAGGAAAAAAUCAGGUUUAACUACCCCUUUACACGUACAGUUUUUGCAACAGAACAAAGAUUUUAAUGUAAACGAUUGAUGUUAGAUUCCUCAAAGGAAUCCAUUUAGAAAAAAAACUGUAACCCAUUGUUUUUGAAUGUGUAACCGAAUGGAAGGAAUUUCCCUCCAAAAGUCACAAAUUUAAACCCACUUUAGAAACCAAUCCACGCGGCAAAACACGAUGGAGCGUUCAAACCUACUGGACAAGUCAACGGAACUUCUCUCAGUAAAAUUGUUUUUGGAACGCUUCAGGCCGUCUAUUGGAUCGGUUGUUGUUUUUCAUUGUUCAAUCGAUGAAAGUGAGACGUACAGUCACAGUUUUUUGGAUCCAAAUUUUAUCAUGACGCAUCAAAGUCAGGCCAAUCUAAUUAAAAUUUAAUCGAAAUUGAAACAUAAUUUGUAAUAAACUGUAACAGUUUUUCUAAAACCCGAACUACAAGUUGCAUAAGAAACUUUUAACAAAAAUAAACUAUAAACAAAACCUACGCUUGAACGUAAGCAAAGCUAGUAAUGGCGAUUGUUUUUUCGCUGUAUUUGUAUUACAAGUAAACUCAAAACUACUAAGAACAUGAAUGAGAUCGCUUUUCAACUGCAACUAGCAAAAUUCAUAAGAACGCGCAAAUGUCUGCCAUACGUUUGCGAAAAUGUACAAUUCACUAGAUUUUUAAGUUACUAUGAUUUAAUACGAUCGGAUAAGAAUCUUUCAGUUCAGAUUAUAUUAAUUUUAAUCACGUUAGUUAUUACUAAUCAACAAAAUAUUAUUGAAUUUAUUGGUAGAAAGAGAUAAUUGAGCGCAAUAAGUGUAAUAGGUACUCAUAUACGAAAUAUUUUAUUUAUGUUGAUCUUUUUUACUCUUGAUUUAUCGAUUUACAUAUAUUUUAAUUCAGCUACUGUCGUUCGAAGACAUGGGCAGCUGUCGCCAAAAUCAAAAACUAGAAAGAUAUGAAACCGAACAAACCCAGUUGAUUAGAUGUUUAUCGACUAGCUUGUAUGAUUAACUCAACACAAAUAAAGCAAACAAACCGUAACUGUUGGUUUUACACAAGUUGAUGGGAGAACAAAAGUCUAAUGAAUACAAUUCUAAUCAAUUCAUAAUAACACAAAGCAAAACAAGUCACAAUUUACAAAAAAAAUAUGAACAACAGAAAUGAAUCGCAUAAAUUUACUGAAAUCACACAAAAAAACACUUUCACUCAAAGUCUAAAUGAAAUUGUUCCCGCGUACUAUGUAGGAUAAAUAUUGAAGAAACUAUAAGGAAGAAACACACACAGCAGAAAAAAAACAAAUCCAAGCAGGCCGCAUUUGUUUUAGUUUCAUUAAUUUCAAAUAACUUUACAUGAUGCUAUAUGGAGAACUAUGAAAGAGAAAACACUAUAGAAAUAUAUUCAUGAUAUUUAUGUCAAUAGUAAA